CCUUUUAUAAUAUAAAUAUUCCAACUCUCAUCGUCGCUUCGCCGUUUACAAUUCUCUCUUUGAACACGAACGGGAAUUUUUGUUUGUAAAUUUCGUAAUUGAGAAGAAGAAGAAAAAAAAGAUGGGUGUUGAGGAGUUAUGUGAGUUGAUGGGCUUCACUUCUAAACAGGAUUCAAGCAAGCCUGAUUCCAAUGGGGUUAACCAUCACAAUGAUUCCGACAAUCUUACGGAGGCUGAUUGCAACGGGAUUAGCUGUUACGAUUAUUUAAAUGGUCUUAAUGAUUUGUGCGCAGUUGUAGCCGAGUGUGAAACUGGUGAGGAUUCCAGUGAUUUUAACGGUUCUUCUGUUGUUGUACAUGGGAUUGAAAUUGGUGAUGAUUCCAAUGAUUCCACUAGUUCCUGUGUAGUUGAAGAUGGGAUAAGAAUUGGGGUUGAUUCCGAAGAUGGGACUGGAAUUGGAGUUGAUUCCGAAGAUGGGACUGGAACAGGGGUUGAAUCAGAAGAUGGGAUUGGAAUUGGGGUUGAAUCAGAAGAUGGGAUUGGAAUUGGGGUUGAAUCGGAAGAUGUGACUGGAAUUGGAGUUGAUUCCGAAGAUGGGACUAGAACUGGGGUUGAAUCGGAAGAUGAGAUUGGAACUGGUGUUCAAUCGGAAGAUGGGAUUCGAACUGGGGUUGAAUCGGAAGAUGGGAUUCGAACUGGGGUUGAAUCGGAAGAUGGGAUUGGAAUUGGGGUUGAAUCGGAAGAUGGGACUGGAACUGUGGUUGAUUCCGAAGAUGGGACUGGAACUGGGGUUGAAUCGGAAGAUGAGAUUGUAACUGGUGUUCAAUCGGAAGAUGGGAUUGGAAUUGGAACUGGGGUUGAUUCCGAAGAUGGGACUGGAAUUGGGGUUGAUUCCAAUUGUGCAGGCAAAGUGGAGGAGAUUGACGAGUUUCCUCCCUUGGUAAAGGGAGAUAGGAUAAAGAUAGAGAGUAGUUCUUAUAAAACUAAAAGUUGGGUGGCAGUUGUAAAGAUCCCACCUAAGCCAUUGCCCGUGAAAGUGAAACCUGCACUCCGAAAUUAUUUAGAUGAGAAAUUAGGAACUGUAAAUGGAGCUGUAAAUGUGAGAGUUGCAGAGGGUCCAUCUACACCGUUAUUCCCACGUAAGCCAAUGCCGAUGAACGUGAAACCUGCACUCCCUAAUCACUUAGAUGCUAGAACUGAGAAACUGGGAGCUGUAAAUGUGAGCGUUGCCAAGGGUCCACCUACACCAGUAGUCCCACGUAAUCCAUUGCCCACGAAAGUGAAACAUGUUGCAGAGGGUCCAUCGAAACCAUCAAUUGAAGUUUGUAAAGGGAAAAUAACAGCUGAUCGGAUUGUGGUCAACGGAGAUGACAGCAUGAACGUUGAGGCUGCCACAAAGCUGUUCAACUUUUUGGUUAGCGUCCCAAUUCGUUAUGAUGGAAGUCUUGAAGAACAAGUCAGACUUGCUAAGCUACAACGCGAUGAAAAGGCAAACGACUUGCAUGCUAUUCUGUUACAAGUCCAAGAGAAAACGGUCAACAGUCGGGUUCAUAAGGAAAACAGCAAGAGAUACGAUGAUGCAAUAAAACAAAUAAAUCAACUCCAAGCUCUGUACAGAGCUGCUAAUGAUGUUCACCAAGUGGCAUAUGCUAAGUGGCAGAGUUUGUCAGAAAAACUUUAUGAGAAGAGCAAACACUGCUUCGACUGCAUAGAGGAUAAAGCUUUUGCCCGUAAGUAUGCAUCCGCCCGGAAUACAAAGGGGCUUUCCCGCGUGUGCAUGGAUAAUGUCGAAAGUUUUAUGAAACUAUGGAACAAAGAUGACGAAUUUCGUAGAGAGUACGUCAGAUUCAAUGGAAGGAGUACUAUUACUAGAUUGGAGACUUUAGAUGGACGUUCAUUAGGCCCUGACGAAGUGCCACCUGUCCUACCCGAUCAUGUUGAUGUGACAGCUAAGCAAGAAACAACUAUUGAAAAUAGGAUAUCAGAGAGCGAAAAAAAUUAUGCUGAGUUGAAAGAGCAAUAUCGGUUGGAUGAGCUAGCCAAGGCGAACAAGGUGAGGGAGAAGAGGUUGAGAAAGAAGGAACGAAAUAGGGAAAGGAAAAAGGCUGCUGCUUCUGCUGCUCCAAUAGAUAUGAAUGAUGUCGGAACAUCCGACAGCUCAUUGGUAAUAAUUAGCGACGAAAUACAAGUCGAGGACAACUCUUCAGUGGCACCGGAAAAGCCUCAGAAAUCUUCGUUGCUGAUAAAUCCGAGCAAAGCAGAGUCUGUACCCCCAACAUUUGGCAACAGAAACAAGAAAAAAAUGCUGCAAUUGACGUGGGCGGUUAUCGUGAUCGUUGUUAUUCUACUUGUGUUAUGGCUGGUAAACGGAGGUGAAUUUCCUAAUUUAAAUAUUAAUAAAUGGUGAUUUUCGUCCCCUUUUUCGUCGAUUUGGCUUUGCAUGAGUAGACUCUUGGAUCUGGUGGAUUUGUUUUAGAAAAACACUUUGAUUCCUAAUAAGGUUUGUUUCUAGUGAUUAGAUGUGUAAAUAUUAUUGGUACUAUAGUUAAUGAUGAAUAAUUAUUAUAUUUUUUAAGUCAACUAAUCAUAUAAGCAGUAUUUGUUA